UCUAUUGCAGAUUUUUCCACAUAUUUUACAGCCAGACAGCUUCACCUCAGCUCACUAUUGCUCACAAACAUCGACUAGCACUCAAUAUUCGAUAUGGUGCUCAAAUUACGGCGGCUGUUCCACGUCGACGCAGGCAUCACCGGCCAUGCCCAUCCUUUGCACCAGGCAAUUCAUCCGGAUGCACAAUGUCUGCACGAUGUCGUCGCCAACAUUCCGUUCGAUAUCCAGUUGUACGGGCUCUCCGACGAGGGAGAUUCACAAGUGACGGACAUUUAUUGCCCAAGGGUGCGACGCUCGGCGCUUACCAAUAGCGUCACCAGUCAUCUCGACGUUGUCUCAUGUUGGAAAGGACUUUCGCGAUCCCAAGCUGUCGAGCUGGUAACGUGGGAACACCUAUUCAAGACUUGUUUGGAAGACGCAAUACAAUUGGCUUUACGUGACAUCUUUGUCCAGUACUUGGGACGACAGAGAUACACUACCGAUGAGACGUUGUUGCUUCCUCGCUUUCUCCAGUUCUUGUCGCACCGGAAUGUGCACUUGAUCGAUAUCAAUAUUACAAACCUUAUCCACGCUAUGAUCCGGAUGUCAUGUGAAGAUUACCUCAAUCCUGUCGAGACCAUGACACAUCUGUUUCCAUGGUCACUCUCCCAAGGAGAUCUUCCGAAGUUCUUGUAUAACCUUUUACAAACGCGAGAUUGCUUCUUCAAUUCGGCGUCCGGAUCCUGCGUUUUCGUCGAACUCUCAUACACUUACAUCGAUGAUACCUUGACAAUACUUGCCAACGUUGACUGGCGCUCGACUAACAUCGACUUUCCAAAUCUGCCUGUGCGGCUCUCUAGUGGAGCACUUUAUUGCAUCGCUCCUCGUUCUUUGGAAUCCCGACUCGGUUCGAGUGUGUCGUCCACAUUUGCCCUAUACGACUCGUCUUCACAUUUCGCACUCUCGCAACCACAACUACCCUUCUACUGGGACGAAGAGAAGGAGUGCUUCAAAACAAAACUUCCACUUGAUACAAAGAAGAACAUCAAUUUCCCCAUGGAGACAAUAGUUAUCGCCGAAUACUCAACGCUUUUCCCAGAUAAUGUACGGUUCGAACGAACAUCGCGUUACAGUGUAAAACUCGAAAUCUGCGAUGACAGCGACUCGAAGGCUUCUGCUGGCGGGCACCGUCGCGACUCGGUGGUCGACAUUCGUGUUGACAACAUCAAUUCUGAUGUACAAGAUGCAAUAUGCUGCAAAUCGGAUUUGACCAGGAAUCAUCCGACCGUGUUCUCUGGUACUAGGGAACCAUGGAUUCCUUCUUAUACCAGCACGCCGUUGUCUAAACUCCGAUCUCCACUUGAGUCCUCUGAUUGUGGAGAUGAUUUCAGUAUCGAUGUCCCAAGAGGCCUUGGCCGACACGAUUCGUUCUUUUCGGGGGAUGAUGAGAUCGAGUGCGAUAGUAUGAUCAAGCGUGAUCCACGAAGGAGGUUCUCGGCCUUUAUGGACACCCGACCUGUCUUGAAGUCCACUACCGAGACAGAAGAACAAGCCGCGACGAAUUGCGUAAUUGCAUUCAGUCCAGACAAAAUCGACCAGCUCUAUAUGGAUGUUUCUGAUCACGAGAAAUCUCAUAACAUGAAGCAUCCGCUCGAACAUCGAUCAUCACAAAAACGAAAAGUCUCCAAGUACGUGGACAGAUCGCUUGAUACAGUCAGACAAGCUGCUAUAAAUCAGUCCGAGCAGCAGUACAAUGAGUCAGAGAACAAGCGCCAGAGGCUGCUUCAUGGAGAUUCAGUUGCAUACAUGGACACACGACUCGUACGUGCCAUCAGCACGGGCACACUAUGGAACGACUGGAGAGCGCCCAUGAACGAUCUUCUGCCUCCAGCUAUCAGCUCGACCACCCAGUCCUACGAACCUAGGCAGGGCCAGGUCGAAGCCGGAAUGCAUCCGCUCCUACAUUGGCACGAGCCGAACACAGCCUACGGUCUUCCGUCGCCCUGUGAUAGCGAUUCUAGUUAUGGAUACGGCUCGCCGCCACCUCUUACUGCAGCUAGCGGUAGUGGUCACUCAAGGGUUGAUACUGAGCUCUCUCAGGAGCAAAUUCAGCACAACUACCACGAGUUCGAGCGAAUGGCAACUGAGAAGAGAUGCCAUGCGCCGGAUGAAGAGUGCAAGGCUUUUGAAGAUAUCUUCCUUGACGACAGUGGGGUUGAGGAUUGGUCCUAUGACCUAUCUGGGCUGAGCGAUGUGUUUGAGGACGUAAACAUGGAGGAAUGAGAAAGGCACGUGCUUGAGAGGAUUCAAUGGAAUGUUGAGGUGGGUUUAUGG